GGCGAGCACAAGCAGCACCAUCGGCGGCAGCAAUAAAAGGAAGUGAUCUUCACGACGGUGUAACACUCGUCUACGGCUGGUCUCGGAUAACGGACGAGCCCCAAAGGAAAGCGAAACUUGUGCGCCCGAUUUUCCACACUCACAGAAACGCCGAAAAGAAAAGAAGCAGCGAUUGAUCAACGGACACCCACACAAAACAGGACAUAAAUUUCCACCACGCGAACAGACGAGCGAGUCGGUCGGUGCAGUUCCGGUUCCAGUUUCGUAGUUGCAGCUUUCGUUUCGACCGUUGGCGUGAUUCCGGAUUACGCACAAACUGUUGCGCCAGGGCACGCAGAACAUGGAGAUUAUGAAAAUGUCCAUCAACCGGUUGACGCUGUUGGUGUUCGUCGCGACGGCGGUACUGUGCUGGCAGGCGUCCGAGGCCGGCCCAGCCCGCCAGCUGGCCAGUCUGGCGGCCGCGAGGGCCUCCAAGAUACCGCGCUCGAUUCGGGCACCGUUCCGCAACUCGGAGAUGAUGACGGCCCGCGGUUUCGGUAAACGCCGGGCACCGAUCGGAGUGAACUACGGCGGUGCUGCGGGAGGUGGCCCCAUUCUGCACGGAGCAUCGCGUGGCCGUACCGUUACCGAUGGUGAUCUGGAGCUGGCAUCUGGUGGCUGGAUCGAGGAGAAACACGAGCUGGGUCGCUUGAUCGAGGACAUGGCCGGACUUGACCAAAGUCUGUCGUCAGCGGCGGCGGCGGCAGCGGCAGCAGCGGUCGAUCCGAUGUCGCUCGGUGGUGAGCAGGAGACGACGAGCUUCCCGCUCGACUGGUUCGCCAACGAGAUGUCCACCAACCCGGUACUGGCCCGGUCCAUUCUGCAGCGCUUCGUCGACACCAACCGGGAUGGGUUGCUGGAGGCGGCCGAACUUUUACCAUCGACUGCCACCGGUGGUGGUGGGGCCAGUAGUGGCGGUAGUAGUGGAAGCCCUGGUUCGUCCUUGAACGAAGUGUCCGAGAUGUACUAAAGUAACUCCUGCUUCUCUCAUUCCAUUACGUUCCGAAUCCGUUCCUUUUCCUGUGUCACGUCACCGUCAAUGGCGCGGUUGUGGUCGCGUUAUCCUCGUUGUCCUCUUACCCUGCGCAUCUCGCGGUACGGGAGUACUCUCAACCCCCCUCCCAGGUUACACCCCACCGAAUGCAAUACCCUCGUUUAGUAGAAGAGGCUUUUCCUGCUGGUUGAGUUCAGAAUGUGAGAAUGAAAAAUGUAUAAAAAAAAUCUUUAAUAACCAACCGUUAAUAACCGGUGACUGUGUUCUGUUCUAAUAUCCGCCCUAAGAGCAGCUCCUGAUGACCGGUGUAUCGAGAAAAGAUAACUUAAGACUCGUUAAGGACGCAACGGCGCACCACGCAACGUGAAGAUGGAACCAGUAAAGGCUGGGUAUUGGUUGCAGCUUCAGGUUCAGGUAGCGCCGGUUGCAAAACCCACCGCAUCCGCACAUUUUUCCGGUCCAUUGGACCUUCUGUUUCCCAUUCCUCUGUGUGUGCGUGUCUCUGGUGUGUAUGUGUGUCUGUGGGUGGAGUAUAUAAUGGGCGAAGUAUGGUCUCUGUGGUUCUGGAGUACUUUUUGUUUUGUGGCGUAUAAAGCGAGAACAAUUUCUAUUGCUGCUGCUGCUGCUACUGUUGAUGCUGCUAUCUGUCUUACCUAUUGCUCACUGCAUCUCUUCGCUCUCUGUCCGGAUGAUGGUGCUUGUAGGAUAGUAGAUGUUAAGGAGGAGGCGCAGCGCAUCAUACGACCACUCGCCAUGGAAGCAAUUCACCUACUCGGCACCACGGAACAGCAGCAUGCACCGGAAGCUCAUAGUUAUUUGCUGCGAACAGAAACAGAGUUCGUUUUCUUCUUGUCUGGCCCUGCGCUUCAACUGGUUUAACGGAAGCGAACAUAAACGGGAGACAAUUAAAUCGUUUGCAAAUCAUGUGCUAAACCGAAGUGUGUUGUGCAACCUGUUCGGAUAGCUUUAGUGCGUAGAUUGGAACUAAACAGAAAGGGUAACAGUAGAGGAAAUGAGAAAUGAAAGGUGGAUGAAGAAAAGAGACAGGAACUGAUACCAUUAAUUCACAGUUGUGUGCCAGGAGCUGAGUAAAACCUGAAAGCAAACAGUUGGGACGAAGGGAGUAACAGAUACAAUUUAGCGUUUAAAAAUGUAAUAAACCAAACGGACACACACAAACACACACAAAACCACAUUGUUCCACUGGUUAAACACACUUGUAAAUUACGAACGAAAAAUAUAUUGGUUGAA